UAUCACGGGAUUGCACUUAAUCAUCGAAGUUCGAGUGUUGAUGACGAAUUGUGAAGUUCGAGCGUGAAAUUGUGGACACGGUUCGGCAUUAGAAUCCCGCUAAGUUGUUGUUUUUGUAGUUGAAUAGAGAUAACAUUAACUAACAUAAAUUAAAUUCCCAGUGUUGUAUCGAACAACAGGUCUCUUUGGUAACGGCGUCUUCGGUAUCAUUCACAACAUCAUUCCUGAUCGUUCUACUCCCUCAAAUGCAAAUAAUUACCAACCUGUAUAUUCUGCAUAUUCAAAUUUUCUUUGUAGAGGAAAAUGUUAACUGAUGGGAGAUCCAAAACCCAUUACCUUUUACAUCUAGUCUUGCAUCGUCUGUUGCGUUUGCAGUACUUUUUUCUUAGCACACUCUAGCCUAGCGGAACUUUUUCAACAGGUCCGCGAUCCCUUACAUUUGCAUCACGAUGCGAAGAAAGUGAAAGUCACGAGAGGAUCAAACAUGGCGUCGAAUAUGGAGGGAAAAAACGAGCAUUUAGCAGAUGUUAGUUUGCAUUCGCUUUGUACGACCCUUUCAAAAAAGUUUGAUGGCAUUAAAAAGGAUAAUAAACAAUUAAUUAGUGAAGAUUUAAGAGAUCUGUCAAGAUUGUUAUUUUAUGGUGCAAAAGCUGAGAGUUUACACGGAAGCUUUGCAAUAAAUAUGCUUCUGUUUUUAAAGCACGUUCUUUCAUUUAGUGAUGUACGCUGUCUUCAAAGUGGCAUAAAUUUUAAAAACAAACUCCUUAUUUUGCUUUCUCUCAAGUUAAUGUACAUUUCAAGACAAGAUUCGAUGGUAUUAUCCGAUUUUAAAGGGAAAUAUUUUUUUCAAUUCUUAUUGCAUACAGCUCUAAGAACUGUGAAAAUUAAUGCCAAUUUUGUGAAGAAUGUUGUUUUCCAAGGUAUUUCUGGUUUUGAUAAAAGCUCUGGAAUACCUAAAGUAUCAGUUUUGCUAUUAUCACCAGUGCUGUGUUGCAUUGAAAGCUGGGAUUGUGAGUGUGCAGGGGAAAUAUCACAGAAGAUAUGUCAGUGGUUACUUCUGCACUGGAAGCAGGUAGCAUCAGUUCCUGGAAAGAAGUCAUUUUUUAAUGCUAGAAAUCUUCCCAUGGCUCCUGCAAUUACAGAAAUUGAUGGCUCAACAUCAAGAGACAUCUUUACAGUGUUGAAUGUCAGUCAAAGUUAUGGAACAGACUUCUUACUGAAUGUAUUUAGUUUUUCUAUCCUUAAAUGUUGGAUUAACUUCGUAAAUUAUCAAAACGACAUUGCUGAAUGUCUGACAAGUCAACUGAGCAAGUUAAUGAUGUCAUCAGAACCAAAGUCUCAAUCAGGCAGUCCAAUAUCAAUAGGUGGUAGCAAAUUCUAUGAUGAUGUGUCAUCUGGGAGUGAUUCUGCGCCCUCGCUGUCAUCAUCUAUUUCAUCUAUACACAGCUUUAUGUAUGUAGAUAAUUUGUCAAACGACCAGCUUGAAGUAAAACGAAUUACAGAUUCAAGACCCCAAACACCUUUUCGCAAACAAAGUCAAGCAGCUGAUACAAUAUCCAUGACAUCAGACAUCCUCUCCAAUGCGUCCAAUCUUAAAAACAUUUCUAUAAGAUAUUGUCUACGUGUGAUAAGUCAAUCUGAACGGUCACCUCGCCGAGAUUCUAAUCGCAAAAUCGUUACGGCCAGUGUCAUAGAGAGCAUCGAAAUACUAGACAUGUUAUGUACAGAAGAUUCAGGGAGUAUGCAAAAGGUUUUUGUUGAAAUCAAGAGAUUGCAUCAAAGGAUUGAGAAUAAUCCGUUUAAUGCGCGCAGAGUCUUCGUAGCAUUGCUGCAGUUCUUUAUUCAUCAUUAUGAAGAUAUGUUGUUACAAAUUGAUGAUUAUCUUGAAAUUUAUUUUCAGGGAGUGUUGACAUUCUUUUCUAAUCAACCUGCUGCUUUUGAAUUGUUGAAUCUAUGUCUAAAAAAUAAAGAGUUUUUUAAAGAAAAAACCACAGCUUUGUUUAAGUACUUUCCAAAUAUUUUAAAAGUUGUAGCCUGGUGGCCAGUUUCUUUUGUAGAGGAAGCAUGUGAAUUAAUUCAGAUAUUUGUAAACAAAUCCAACUUAUCAGAGGUUUUUCACACCAUUUUGGAUCUGCCAUGUUUGACAGCACUACUGUACCUUCAACAAGAAAACAUAUUGGAUGAUACGGCUAAGUUGGAGGAAAUGCUAGGAAUUCCAAUCAAAAGUUAUUACCAAGCUAUGUGGUCGUUUGUCUUCAGAGAUGUAUCAGGUCAUGCAGACACCAUUGAUAAAUUAUCAGAAUUGCAUGUGACCCUAAAAGCUCUGGAAAAUAACAUGAGGGUAAAAUACACUUCUGAUAUCGUUCCGUCGUUGUUGUUAAGUUUUUUCGAAGCUGUUGAUAAAUUGAAUGAUAUUGGAGUGUUGAGGAAUUUAUUUCCAAUCAUUUUAGAAAGAACAUUCCAAAUCUUUCCCAACACUGAUUACGUUUACGAAAUACAUGAAUUGUUUUCCGACGAAGUGAAAACUAUAACAAGAUCGGCACCUGAUAUUCUCGGCACGUAUCACGAAGAGACGUUGACAUUUAUCUCUCAAGCUGCAGCAAGUGAUACGUUUUUAACGUCGUUGAUAACAAGUGUAAUAUGGAGUGUGGGAGAGAGCGGAGCAAAGAGUUCGUGUACUUCCCUGCAAGUUAAUAUGUUGUAUAAUAACAUUGAAACCUUUUUACUUGAAGUGUGCAACAAAAUUGGAAGGGAUGACCAUUUUAUGUCAUCAUCUGAAGUGGUGUCCAGUCUUAUUUCGACACUGUCAAAACUGGCGUCAUUUUCACAAGAAUGGAUUCCGAGGGCGGUCAUGUGUUUGAACAAAACAUCGACGUCUAUUUAUCUGAAUAAUGCGCAUAGUGAGUUUUCAUAUGUAGCUGCUUAUGCAAAAGAGCUAGUCAAUGUGUUGCAGAAACCGAAAGUUGCACCGGCGAUUUUUUGUAAUGAACAAAAGAUGUUGCCCUGGCACAAAGAUGCUGACUCGUCGUUUCUUUUAAAAGUUCAUGUGUUGUCUAGAUACACUACGGACGGUGUAUGACUUUAAUACUAUUUUUGUGUGGUUGUUUGUUUGAAAGUUAAACAGGUUCUGUUUGCCUCUCAUUUGAUCUUUGAUCUCCAUAGGUUAAUUUUUUUAUGUCUUCCAAAUUAUUUUUUUGCUGAAUUUUUAAUAAUUUUCUCUAAUUUCUUUUUUUUUGGAGAAAAAAACAAGCAUGGGUAAAUAUCUUCCAAGGUAAAAAUCUUUACAGAGUCAUUUAUUGUGGUUUUGCAAAACCUAUAGCUAAAUUAGUGUAUUAGUAUUAAUUUUAAUUCAUUGAAUCACAAGAGAGAGUCAAAAAAUUUUAGCGAGAAUUAGAUUUUGCGGAGAUUUUUCCUUUUCGCGAGAUGCUUUAGUUGCAACUUUUGUCUUUUGCGUUCCAUUUGCGAAAUUAAAUUCUUUUAAAUCUUUUCAAGCAGACAAUUAAUUUUCGCGAACUAGUCGUUAGCCUUUGAAAAAUCAGAUUUGUCCAUCGUGAAUAAGCCAGUCUUCACGUUUUUACUCAGCGUACAUAUUUUGGGUAUUGCUAUUUCGUGAAUCCUUAACACAAGUAAUUUUUACACGUAUUAAAGUUCUUACAAAUCUGGACGAAACUGAGAAAAGAAUGGUGACAACGAAAAAAUUAACAAGGAAAGAACAACCUGUCGCUUAAUACGUAGUUUAUAAGAAAAUGCGAAUACGGCACUGCUUUAUUUUGCGCAAAGAGAAAAAUGAAAUAUUAGAAACAAGACUGAAAGUUCAGCUUGAUUAUUAUUGCAAAAUGCUGAUCUAUUUAGGUGUUGUGAUCUUCAAUUCGUUUCGGUGCUUUUCACAUCUUGUACAUAUGUAAACUUUUAUGUAUAUUUUCACAAUGAAUAUGUUUUAAUAAAUUGUAAAAAUUAUAUUACUCACAAGUCCCUGUAUCAAGAGCAGUUUCUAAGCAAAGAGCAAUGAGGAUAAGAACAUGGUUAAUAUUCAAACCAGCAUCCAAAAUAUGCCAUAUCAAAAAUAGAAUAUAAAAUUAUAACAAAGGGUCUACAUAUCUUUCAAGUCUUAAUGUCUCUUUGCAAGUAUUCGCACUAAAUUUCCAAAGAGACAGAAAGAUAUAGUAAAUAAUAAAGACAGUUAACGCUUUGGUCACGUU